CGACUUUCUAUAUUAGCAAUACAAACCUUGGAAGCAAGCGUAAUAGCUCGUGAAUUAACUUAUCGUUUUCUGAAACUCCGAUUUGCUGUGGGGCCAAGGUGAGUUUUUAAGGAGCUCAUGGUGUGUACCCGUAGCAUGACCAACAAUGGAAGAGCGCAGGAAGAGGAGGUUCCGGCGAGUAGUUCAGAUGCGAUGACUAUGCUCCUAGAACUACAAAAGCAGCUAGAUGAAUUAGAAAAGAGACAUGCGGAGGAGAUAGCCGCGUUGAAAGAAGAAACUAAGAUGAAGAGGAGGAAGCUUGAAGAAGUAGGUCAGGAUUGUUCCAAAGGUCCAAGCUUGAAGACCCCAAGAUACCCCUACGUCAUCCCUUCGGUCAGUGCAGGCACAGGGAUCCCCACCCAAGGUAAGGGGUAUAGCUAACACCGCCGUCACUGCCCUCAGUGAAAGGUGGUGGCAUCCAUUCACAGAUGAUAUCAUGGAGGUGCCUCCGCCCGAUAAUUGGCAAUGGUUAACUAUUGACCAGUACGACGGUACCACGGAUCCUGAUGAGCAUGUUAAAGUGUACGUUACUCAUGUUAGCGUAUAUAGUACGAAAGAUGCAAUUUUCUGUCGAGCCUUUCCCACUUCCCUAAAAGAUGAAGCCUUUAGUUGGUUUUCAGAGCUCCCUCCCAUGUCAAUCAAUUGUUUUGCCACAUUGGUAGCUCGGUUUGGCUCCCGGUUUGCGAGCAGUCGCCCAGAUAAUGUUAUCUCAACUAUGGCUCUGCAAUAUAUUCGGCAAGAGAAAGGAGAGGCACUUAGGACCUUCAUGGAACGGUUUGGAAAGCUGGCGUUGAAAAUCAGGAAUCUUUGUCCUCAAUUAGCAUUGUAUUGCAUGAUGACAGCGUUAAGACCUGGGCCCUUUCUAGACAGCUUAGCCAGGGAGCCGACGACCGACCUCAACGAGCUGAGACAGAGGGCGGCGGAAUAUAUUCGGUUGGAGGAGGCCAGGGAGCUUAUAGGAAAUAUGAGGGCUGAGAACAGCCCAACUGACAAGAAAGCUCAUGACCAAUAUAGACAUCACAAAUCUUUACCUCGGCUUAAGGAGAUAAGACAACCUCGAUUCAAUCAAUACACGCAGUUGAAUGUAACAAGAUUGCGCGCCUUGGAAGAGGCUCUUAAUGCGGAUCUUAUACAAAAACCAAGGAAAUUAGCCACAUCGCCGAAUGCUGACAUGUCUAGGCAUUGUCGGUAUCACCGAAAGUAUGGGCAUGAAACGGAAGAGUGUGUGGCCUUGAAAGACAAAAUAGAAGAGCUUGUACAAGCGGGACACCUCAGACAGUUUGUCCAAAGAGGGGAGCAUGGUCGCGAAGGCCACAGGCGACUAGUAGAGUCAAGAAGAACGAUAGAGGAUGACUCUGAUGACAGGACUAACUCAAGGCAACGCCGCGCUACUCGAGAGAAGGAUGCCAUAUCAAGGGACACUGAUGUUCUUAGUGUUCCUUUCCUUGCAAUAUAUGAGUCUCUAAUACCUUCUGAAGAAGAAAAGAAGAAGCAAAAGCAAGUAGUGGCAUUAUUGGAGAAAUUAGUUAGAAAAGAAUGGCCAGCAGCUAAGCUUCAUCUCUAUGGAUCAUGUGCUAAUUCGUUUGGUGUUUCUAAAAGUGACAUUGAUGUUUGCCUUGCUAUUGAGGAAGCAAGUCUGGACAAAGCUAAGAUUAUAAGGAAAUUGGCGGAUAUUUUGCGAUCAGAUAAUCUGAAGAAUGUGCAGGCAUUAACACGUGCACGGGUUCCCAUAGUAAAGCUCAUGGAUCCAGUGACAGGAAUCUCUUGUGACAUAUGCAUUAACAAACUUCUAGCUGUUGUGAAUACAAAGCUUCUUCGGGAUUAUGCACUCAUAGAUUCAAGGUUACGGCAGCUAGCCUUCAUUAUCAAACAUUGGGCUAUGUCAAGAAGAGUCAAUGAAACUUACCAAGGAACUUUGUCUAGCUAUGCGUAUGUUUUGAUGUGCAUUCAUUAUUUACAAAUGAGAAGACCUGCCAUCCUUCCAUGCUUGCAGGAGAUGGAGACAACGUAUUCUGUGACUGUGGAUGAUAUUAAUUGUGCUUUCUUUGAUAAAGUUGAAAAACUUAGAGAUUUUGGUCGCCACAACAAGGAAACAAUUGCUCAGCUUGUGCGUGGAUUUUUCCACUAUUGGGCAUAUUGUCUUGAUUAUGCAAAUUCUGUUAUAUCUGUACGCAAAGGAAGCAUUAUCAGCAAACGAGAGAAGGACUGGACUAGAGGGAUUGACAAUGAUCGGCAUUUGAUAUGUAUAGAGGAUCCUUUUGAAACAUCUCAUGAUCUUGGGCGAGUGGUAGAUAAAUAUAGCAUCAAAGUUCUGAGGGAAGAGUUUGAACGCGCUGCUGAAAUUAUGCAGAAUGAUCCAAAUCCGUGUAUUAGACUUUUUAAGCUCUAUGUUCCCAGUUGAUCUACUCUUUUGUUGUUUUGGGUGUAGAUUUUAUAGGUUAAAGAACUUUAUGGCCUUCUUAAUCUUUUACUUGAAAGGCAAGAAUUCAGUGUUACGUUGAACCACCUUCCAACACAUGCAUGUUUUACUA